ACACGGCCACACAUCACUGGUGACAUCUAUGGGAAGUCUCGUUUUUGACUGCGGAAGUAGGAAGCCAAGGGGAAUUCCUGCUGCUAAGAGCUAGCUAGAUAUGCGGUGUUGUAUAUAACCGUAAUUGCUGGCAAAAUCGUAAGGAAGGUUGACAGCUAGCUAGUUAUAUUUUUGUCUUGCGUUGCUGUUACGGUUGCGUUUACUUUAACAUAACGACAGGAUAGAUCGCCGGACUGCACUUCGGAUACACCCGAUUCCGUUAGUAACGUUAUUUUGCUAACUAACGUUAGCGAGUAACAUUCUUAAGUUAACUAGCUAACUACCUAACUUGGAUACACGCGCCGAUAACAGGGCGAUGGUGCAGCCCCAGGCACGCGUGGACACCGCCCUGCAGUGGGACAUGACGGCUGGCGGGGACGUGCUGGCCGCCGGGGGCCAGGGGUCCGUGGGGGCCUCCUCUCAGGGGUCCCUCAGGGUCCCCCCAGAGCUGGCCUCCAACGAGAUCGUGCACCGGCUCCUCGGAGACAACCAUCAGCUGCGAGAGGCCGUGCGGCGCAGUAACGUGGCCCUGAAGGAGCGCUGCGACGACAUGGAGGGAUGGCAGCGGAGGAUGCGGGAGGAGAGGGAGUUCCUCGGCACCCGGUUUCGGGAGGCCCGGGACCUGGUGGAGAGGUUGGGCCGGGAGAACAAGGCUCUGCAGGCCCAGCUCAGCCACACGGGACAGGACGGGGGGCACGCGGGCGCAGGGGCGUCCGGAGAGGAGCCCCAAAAUCAGCCUGGGGUGGAGAAAGAAGCCAAAGAGGUGGCAGAAAUGGCGGAUCCGCACGCUCCUCCACAGAGUUUGGAUGACUCAAGUGUGUGUAGCUCCAACAGUACUGGGUUCCCCAGCCUGGUGGACAGCCUGUCCUCCAUCAUAGAAGAUGGGGGAGAGGGAGAGGGUGGGGCCUGCAGCAAGCCCGCUGAAGGAGGGAAUGAGUUUCUUCAGCUGCUCAAGAGCCACAAAGAAAAGUUGGAAGAGGGGAUGCAGGAGCUGAGGAGGAGAAACGAAGAUCUGGACAGACAGAGGGAAGAGGCGGAGAAGGAGAGAGAUGGCCUUCGCAGCACCAACGCACAGCUGCAGGCCAAACUCGCUCAGAUGCAGCCCGCUGAAGGAGGGAAUGAGUUUCUUCAGCUGAUCAAGAGCCACAAAGAAAAGUUGGAAGAGGGGAUGCAGGAGCUGAGGAGGAGAAACGAAGAGCUGGAGAGAGAGAGGGAAGAGGCGGAGAGGGAGAGAGAUGGCUUUCGCAGCACCAACGCACAGCUGCAGGCCAAACUCGCUCAGAUGCAGGGCUGUGGUGUGAUUGAGGAGGCUCCCCAGCGCUCAGCAGUACCCUCCAGUGGCUCAGACAGCUCCACUCUGGCACGCCUGACUGAGCAGCUGCAGGCCACGCAGUGCAGGUAUAGAGAGUUACAGGAGAAAUUAGACUGCCUUCAGAAGACCACAGUGCAGCGAGACAGAACAGAAGCCCUGCUAAAGCAGAGAGAGAAGGAGUUCACACAGCUGGUUAAGGACAGCGAAGCUCUAAAGGCCCAGGUCACCUCACUCCUGGGAGAGCUGAACGAGAGACAGAGCUGCCUGGAAAGCAGCGAGAAGGAGAGGAUGCUGUUAGAAGAGAAGUUGUCUGUACGCACAGAGGAGCUGUACUCCAUCCAGAGGGAGAUGGAGCAGCUGAAGAAGCAGCACAGCGUGACGGUGGACAAGCUGCGUCUGCAGACCCAGAACCUGGAGGCCGCGCUCAGGACCGAGAGGCUGGUCCUCACCGAAGAAAAGAGGAAGCUGGCCCAGCUGCAGCAUGCCUACACACAGCUGUUUAAGGACUACGACACCAAACGCAAGAAUGGCGGGGAAGUGGAGGACCUGGCCAAUAGGCUGGUGGAGGCGGAGAGGGCCCUGGCACUGAAGCAGGAGCUGAUUGACAAGCUGAAGGAGGAAGUGGAGCAGCAGAGGGGCACUCUGGAGACCGUUCCCGUUCUCACUGCACAGGCGGAGAUCUACAAAGCAGACUUCCGCGCGGAGAGGGAGGCGCGGGAGAAGCUACACCAGCGCAAGGAAGAGCUACAGGAGCAGCUGAGCCAGGCCUUGGCCGAGCUGGAUCGGCUCAAAAUCGUGGACUCCAGGGCGGGGAUGGAAGAGAUGCAGAAGAGGCACAGGGAGGAUUUCCGGACGCACCCCCGCCACCCCCCGCCUGCAGCGUUCGCGGGGGCCACAGUCCCGUUCAGCCCCGCCCAGGCCCCCUCCUUCCGCAGGCACAGUGUGUCCGAAGAGCUGCCCGAUUUCCGCUGCCCGAAAUGCCAGUACCAGGCCCCGGACAUGGACACCCUGCAGAUCCACGUCAUGGACUGUAUCCAGUGAGGGGGGGGGGGGGGGGGGGUGAAGUAGACUAGGAUCCCUCCCAAAUACACUCCACUGCAAGAACAGAGAGAGAGAGAGAGAGAGAAAGCUCUGAGGGGGUGCAGUUGGCAGGAAUGUGGAUUGUUAAGUGGACAACUUAAUUCCUCACCAGUCCCGACAGAAGGAAAAAGUUUUAUAAUCAAUGCUAUAAUUGUUGCCACCAUAGAAUGUUUAUAAUAUUUCCAUUUUAACAGAUCUCUUAUCAGUGUUCGGUUUAAUUACAGUUGGACUGUGUAGCUCUCUUUGUAUGGAACGCUGUGCUGUACUGCAGGCAUGUAUCCGUGUGCUUACUGUCAGUGACUUUCCUGUCUUCCAGAAUUUAUGUGAACUUGUUUGUCCUUACGGCACUCUGUGUAGUCUAAUUAUUCAAGAAUGUUUUAAAAGGAGAAUGUACGUCCUUGUGUAAAUUGUGGUAAUGGAAAGAGUUUAAACAAAUAAAUGUUGUCAUGCCUAA